GUCUGCUGGAAUCAUAGGUCGCCUUGUAGCUUCGGCGGUCUUAGUUGCUGCCAUUGCCGCCGGCGCUUGCAACUGGCGCGACGACUUCUUCGCAGGUGCCGUGGCCCACUGCUCUGGGAAAAUCAACGAGGCCAACUGGGCCCGCUUCUUGCUGGGCCUGAGCACCGAGCACUUCGCGGAUGGCCAAGCUUGGCCUUCCCAGUUGAUUCCUCUUGGCAUGCCGUGGACACCCAAGGAAGAGGGCGAAGGGUUGAAGUCGGUGUUGAAGACCAUCAGGGAUUGGUAUGCCGCUCGAGACAUCGACCUCAACUUCUCACUGCAAGGGAUGCACUGGGACGACACGGACGGCAGCUAUUUUUCCGCCGGUGGCGUUCAAAAAAUUCAUACGCUGGCCAGCGACAUGGGCCUGCAAGUCGAGCAGCGGCGCAUGGACUUCCUCCAGGAGGUCAACACCUUCAGAGAGGUGGCGGCUGUGGGCACUGCUGCAGUCGUUCUGCCGAUAAGGUCGCUAACCAUGCGGGAGAAGACCUUCCACUUCGAGAAGCAUGAGGUGAUGGCCAAGCUGAAGACGCAGCUGGAAGCCAUUCAAGAGCUGGGACAGCUCUUUGGGCCUCAGCGAAGUACGUUUUUUGAGGUGAUGCGCCGGACACGCACGGAUGGACAAGGAUCGUUGUUCCCGGUUCGUCUCCACAGGCCCGGCUGUGAGAGCGAAGAACUGGUACCGAGUGCUUGGCCAGCUCGGCUGGACACACGCUUCCGCGAACUCCAGCGACGGGGCAACGAGAUAGCAGGUGAUAGCAGCAGGCCUAUGAAGGAGAUUGAUGCCAGCGAGUACUUGCGAGAGUUGGAAACUUUCCACGCCGAGCAGGAACGGUAUGUCGAGCAGGUCAGGGAGAUCCUCAAAUCCAACCCCAGCUCAGGCGCCCCAGGCGCUCCUGGAGCUGGGGCUGGGAUCCUUGGCAGCGCUCGGCUGGAAGAUCUGCGAGGCCCUGGAGCCAUCGGUGCCGGCACGAGCAUGCCCAUGGCAGGCAUGCCAAACGCAGCUCCGUCUGGAGUUGGGCUUGGCGCCGGGUCAGGACUCCGGACUGGCCCUGCCACUGGCAUGAACCCACUGGGCGGUGGCGGUGGACCCAUGCAAUCUCAGCCCAGCCUUCCAAGCGGAUUGGGGGGUGGCUUUGGCAAAGCCCUCCCAGUCAACAGUCUUCCCAGCUUGGGCGGGGUAAACUCUGCGAGUGGUGCAGCGGGCAUCCGACCUGACAUGCGGCUGCCCAAGAUUGAGGCACCUGGACUCUCGAGUCUUGAGGAAAUGGGAAGCGUGAAGCUGAACACUGCGGUGUUGCCCGACAGUGGCACAAGCGUUUGCAGUGGAGGUGCAUCGUGCGGCGAAAAUCAGAGCCGCCAGAGUUAG